UCAUCACACUUACUGCAGGUCUGCUGCAGUUCUCCAGACUGGACUCCUGACUGCACUCACCAGCCCCAGAAGAUCCCUUACAUAAUUCAUAACCAGGUUAGAAGCACCGCACCCAUCAUCCCAGGGCUUGUGUCCAGAACAACACCGAGCGUCUGGAAUACAGCAGGACACGGAGGAACUGGUUCGGACAGCCUCGCCUCAUUACAUCAACGGUGCUGCAGUCUGCAGACAUCAAGAGGUUUGGGUGGCACUUUGGCACACAGGAGGGCAUCAUGUCGCUGUACCAGUCUCAGAUUAAAGCCUUCAAGAGCAGCGAGCCCAAAACCCUCGGGGCAGUGGAGAUCAUAAUCGGGAUACUGACGGUCACUCUGAGCACAAUCGUCUACAAACUGCACUAUCACAUCCAGCGAGAGGUCAUCAUACUCAUCGUAAACGGUGCACAGCUCGUUAUUACUGGGAUUGUCUUGGUGCAUGCUGGCAGACGACCAUCCAAAUGUCUGGUUGGUACGAGCAUCGUUCUGCAGUUGCUGACGGCCGCGUUUGAUGUCGUCGGGUUCGGUCUAUUAGCCAGACACAUACCGUUCCGCGGGGAGUCCUACUAUUACAGAGACACCGAGUGGUGUUGCGACCCACUUCAUUCAGUUUGGGCCUGCUGUGGAGAAGGAGACAAAGGGGGGCAUAAGGAGUUUUUGGUGAACGGCAUUUUAGGCACUUUGAUCGGAUGUUUGGUGCUGGUGUGUAUUAUCGGUCUGGUGGUGGCACUUUUCGGAGUUUACGCCCUCUCUGUUAGUUCUAUUAAGGAGGUGACACCUAUUCCAAACUCCACUUCAAACCCUUUUUACGGCACCGGAGGACCGGUCAAAGCUAUGGGGCAUGCUGGAAACUGACCGGGAAACAAAAACACAGCAUGCGAUCGUCAGCGUUAGCACAGUUUCACAGUUUUAAUCAAACAAAAUGAUGACUGUUUCACCUCCAAAUCUCAAGUUCAGAAAAAAAACACACCUUUCGUGACAAUGUAAAUAAUUUCUACGUAGGUAAACGGAGUAGCUGUCUGGUAUUUGGCUGCUUUCUCACUAUUAGGCUUUAAAACGAAGCAAGUAGCUGCUAGAACGCUCAUUUUAACGCUGCACUUUAAGAUUGUAGUUUGUUUGCAUGAAAAUGCUCAUGUAGUGUAACAUAGAUACGAAUGUUAUGAUGAUAUAAAGGCUUAUGGAUGUUGUAUGAAUGAAAAUUUACGGACAAUCUUACUCGAAAUGCUAACGUAACGUAAUUACGCUUAGAUUCUGCUGGAAUAGAAUUUAGAGCUAUAGUAAAGACGAAAUAUAGUAAUGUUGGUGCUCAUUUUAUUAAUGAAAGUCUUUCUUGUAGUGCUGUAGGACGUUUGCAUGAAACAUCGGUCAAGUCAUAAUACAAAAGUAUUAAAAUAAAUAAAUACUGAAUAAUAUUUAUCAAGCCUUACCUCAGCAAAAUGAAACUGGAUCCAAAGGGAAUGGAUGAAGCUUUACCUUAAAACUGGGCUCAAUAGGGUGCCCAGGUGGCUCAGCGGGGAUAUUCUGCUUGCACACCAGCACCGAGUUUCUGAACUCCCCGGUUCGAAACUCGGUGUUGCCUCCGGUCGCCAUCUGGCGGGCAUAAUUGGCAGUGCCUGCAGCAGAUACUAAUUGGCCACCGUAUCUGCAGGGUGGGGCCGGACUAUAGGUAAGUGGGUGGGUCUUCAUAUGCUGUGUAAGGACCCUGAUUGGCGGAAGAGGAGGGCUGUGCACGUGUCGAAAGAGGCGUGUACAGCGACGUGCUCUCCUUGGAUGCAAUCCGGUGUCUCUCAGCAGCGGAAGACAAAACUGAGUCGCUAAAUCGGGAGGAAAAUGGGGAGAAAAUGCAUAAAAUAAAAAUUGGGCUCAGUUGACUCUAUCUGGUUUAAACUACAUAUUAAAAUAAAACAUGAACAGAUUAUUUAUAAAAAGAACUUGUAUUCCUAUUUUUGAUUGUAAAUAAACCUCUAAGCUUGAUAAAUACUGUACAGUAUAUUUGUAUAAAUGCAGAACUUUCAAUUAAGUGAAUUACGAUAAAAUUACACAGAGCACUGAACAGCGACUGCAGAUGACUUGCAUUGCUUGGCUUUUUUGUCAUCUUGUUUUAUAUUUACUGAUACUUCAGGAAAGCUAUGAUGACUGCCAACUCUGUAAGUGCCACCACUCGUGACCAAAAUUUUUGGACACUAAUAACAAAAUGUGAGAGGUUGAAGCCUCGUCCAAGGGCUCGGCCUGCUGCGUUGUAAACUCCACCUGCGGAAGCACGUGUUCGGUUCACCAUCCGGUUCACAGUACUGUUCGUGUCAGUGUGUCAUUGCCUUCACAACAGCAUGUCUGAUGUACAUUUUGCCUGUAUUAUACGAUCUGUUUCUAUGUAGUGAUGUAAAGUCUAGUCGGUUUCAUGCCUAUAUGGAUGAUUGAUAUUGAAAAUAAAUGUCAUUGACUAGACAGAAAAA